CGAAAUUGAGCUGUCAAGACGUUUUACCUUCAGAAGAAUGUAGAAACAAUUGAUUUUACACGUUAUUUAUUAGUUGUUUUUCUGAGAUUGUUUACUUUGUUUAUGAAGUUUAAUUACAUAGCCGUUUAACUGUCACACGAUGGCAGCCACGGCUCACAGCGAGCUAUCGGUGGCCGAGCUGAAGGCUGAAAUCGAGAGGCUUGGCCGAGAGCUCGACCAGGCAAGUAGUGAGAAGAUACAAUCGGCUCAGCUUGGCCUGGUACUCUUGGAAGAAAAAAGCGUCCUGCAGCAACGAUGCGACGAACUGGAAAUCCUGUACGAGAACACCAAACACGACUUGGAGAUAACACAAGAGGCUUUAAUGAAAUUGGACUCGUCGCAGAAGGUAACAACGCAGAGUGGUAUAGAACAAGAGAAUGCCCUCCUCAACGAGUCAGCGGCGAUGGAGAGCUCCCUCACUCUACAGAUACUUGAACUGGAGAGCGAAACUAAACAGCUCCGCCACGAGCUGGACCGAGUGGUGAGUGAACGCGACCGUCUCCUGACGGAAAGUUCGGAGCUUGGCGCCGACAAAGCGACGCGCGAGUCCGAACGCGCCGCCCUAAGAGCCGAGCUGCGGGAGGCGCGGCGGCGAGAGCAGCGGCAGCUCAGCGACAUCACCGACCUGGAGGACGAGAACAUCUCGCUACAGAAGCAAGUCUCAGCGCUGAGGUCGUCGCAGGUGGAAUUCGAAGGAUUGAAAUAUGAAGCUCGUCAACUCCGCGAGGAGGCGGAGGCGGCCCGCGCGACCGCCGAGGAGACGGCGGCCCUGCGGCGCAUCGCCGAGCGGCAGCUGGCCGAGGCGCUGGAGGCGCUGCAGGCCGAGAGGGAAGCCAAGUUCGCCGCCAAGAAGGAGCUGGACGCGCACCUCAGCAAGGAGGCGGCGUACAACAUUACGAACCUUGCCUACACUAUCCGAGGUAUGCCCGAGGACGGCACGGAGGACGAGAGCGAGCCCGGCGGCUCAUCCUCGGCGGAGCUGGCCACCGCCAUGGCGGACCACCACGCCGACUUAUUCUCAGAAGUGCAUCUGCACGAAAUAUCGCGACUCGAAAAACAAUUAGAACAAGCCCACAGCGAAAACAGCCAGCUGUCGGCGGCGUCCCGCGCGGCGCAGGCGGCGGCGGAGGCGGCGGGCGCGGCGGCCGAGGCGCUCCGCACGGGCGCCACGCGCGCGCUCGCCCGCACGCACGCGCUCGUCAAGCUGCACCGCGACUGCGCGCCGCCCGCGGAGGAGGACGGCAAGAGUCGCGCCGGCGCGUGGUUGUCGUGGUGGCGCGUGUCGGGCGGCGAGCUGGAGUCCCUGUGCAGUUCGCUGUCCGAGCUGCUGGCGGCCGCCGCCCCCACGGAGUCGGGCGCCGCCCUGCAGAGGCACGCGCUGGCAGAGCUCGCCGACCGGGUGGCGGAGGCCGAGCUCAGGGCGCAGCACCUCACCGCCGAAACCGACCUGCUCCGGACCCUCGCUGGAGGAGCGGGCCGCGCGCUGUCCACGGCGGCGCCCGCGCUGCAGUCGGCGGCGGAGUCCCUCGCGCAGAUCUACCACCACGUGUGCGCCGUCAACGGCACCCAGCCGGAGCGCCUGCUGCUCGAGCACGCAGACGGUCGCGAGGCCAAGUCCGGCGUGACGGAGGCGGAGGCGGAGGCGCUGUCGCUGGCGGAGGGCCCGCUGGAGGGGCUGCGCGCGGCCGGCUCCGUGGCCCGCGCCGCCGACACCCUGCUGGACCAGCUCGACCACCUGCGCGCCGCCCUCGACACCGCGCUCGGCGCCAGGAGCCGCCAGCCGCGCAUGAUGGAGAGUACGGAGGAGCGCGGCGCCGAGCUGGCCGAGCUCCAGGAGCAGGUCAUCAAGCUGAAGUCCCUUCUGUCGACCAAGCGCGAGCAGAUCGCGACGCUGCGGACCGUGCUCAAGUCCAACAAGAACACGGCCGAGGUGGCGCUCGCGAACCUCAAGUCCAAGUACGAGACGGAGAAGACGAUCGUCACGGAGACCAUGCUCAAGCUCAGGAACGAGCUGCGCCUGCUCAAGGAGGACGCCGCUACGUUCUCGAGCUUGCGUGCCAUGUUCGCGGCGCGCUGCGAGGAGUACGUGACGCAGGUGGACGAGCUGACGCAGGCGCUCUCCGGGGCCGAGGAUGAGAAGAAGACCCUCAACCAGCUGCUGCGCCUCGCCGUGCAGCAGAAGCUGGCGCUCACGCAACGGCUCGAGGAGCUGGAGGUGGACCGCGAGAUGCGCUCCCGGCGCGUGCCCAAGGCGGGCGGGGUGCGGGGCGGCAGGGGGAGGGACUUCUAGCGACUGCUGGCGCCGGUCAAGGCCGUCGCCGUCCUGCUGCGCCGUCUGCUGCGGACCUAGGGCUCCAGCCUCACCGGCCCGGUCCCCUAUUUGUACGUUUUGUAAACUUUUUAAUGUAAUGUGAAUCGCGCCGCACGUCCGGCUCCCGUCGCGGCGCCGGUCCCGGGCUCGUCCGGCGCCGCUGGAACGGUCAAAUUGCGGCGGGCUGCCGGACGCGGGCGCGGCGGUCCCCAGCCCGGGGCCGCGCCCGGCCUACCCCUUCCCUUUCCUCGGGACAUAUUUUCGUAUCGAUUUCUUCACUCGAUAUCGCGCGUCGACGCGAAUCGAUUAUUUUUGUAACAGGACCGGUGUAUUUUGUUAAGCGAAUAUUUAUUGGCGCCGUUGUGGUCCGCGGUCUCCCCGCGCGCCGGACGGACGCGGCCCCCCGUUACGUCCAAAUGUGAAAUUUCUAAAGAAAAAGAAUCAUUAUCGUCGACAUCCAUCCAUUGCGUGCGCAAAAAGACUAUGUAAUCUGUUUACCGGGCGACGCGUCGGUCGCGUCGUCUCUGUCUCGUCCAUGUUGUUGUAGUCGUGAUGUUUGAGUUUGUUGGUGGAUCACUGUGCCGUCCCAGUCGCGUCCAUGCUGUCCACGCGCCGGCCGACUCUCCGUCUCUGUCGCACCCCCUCUGUCGGCAGUGUCGACCUCUCGCUCGCACAGCGCUCAACGCAUUGCUCACGGAGUCGACCGGCGCAUCUAUUGAUAAGUCGAAAUUUAAAAAGUUAUUGAAUGUUAAUGGUGUCGGUUGAGUCGCGCCGGGGCGCCCCGGCCUCCGCCCCCGGCCGCCGCCCCGGCCAGUAGAGUAGCUAGUAGCUCGCGACAGGCAGCUAGCCCGCGACUUGCAUUUAUUGUUUAACAUAGUGUUUGUUAAAUUAGACUAAUUAUUAUUAUAUUAGGUCGUUCUUCGUGUACUUAAAAAGACGAACUUACCCGUUCUAUACAUAGCUUUAGCGUAUCAAGUAUUCUGUCCCCUCUACUAAGUAUUAUCGUUAGUUGUCGGUCCCCCCGCGUGGGGGGCGGCCCCCGACACGAGCAGCGCGGCUCUGAUAUGUUUAUUGUAUUGGUUGUUAGUUUUGUUACUAAAAGUAUUACUGCAUGUGUUUCCGCAUCCGUCUCUUUCUCAUUGACAUUGUUACAUUUAGACUGACAUGUUCUUUUACACGGUUUUCUGGUAAUAUUUAUUAUUAAAAAUAGUUAUUUAUUUGACUUAAAUAUUAUAAAUAGAUGUUGUAUAUUUUUCAUUAUUAAGAAUUAGAUAAACUUUUUACUAUGUUUCGUGCAAUGAAAGAAAAAAAUGUUUUUUAGUAUAUAGUAUUAUUAUGUAUAGUACAGAUUCAGUAUUUUUUUGUUUGUUUAUGGUUUACUAUCGCUGUUGUCUGCUGUAUGGGGUUAGAGCGAUUAACCAAAUAUUAUUAUUUCCUUUGUGUAACAAUUUUUUAGUACACUUAUAUUUGUGUAGGCAUAUUAUUAUUUUAUAUUGAUUAGAAAGAUAACUUAGUGAAAAAUUAUUGAUUUUGUUAUUCGAAGAUUUUUUUAUAUAGUAUAUUAUUAUCGGUGCGGCGUAGACAUGGUCUGUCGGACGAGCGCGCAUGAAUGUUCCCGGUGCCGUGUCUCUGCUUUCUGCUACCUGUGGUUGUUAACUUUAAAACACAUUGCGAGGGCCGAAAAUUAAAUAUUUAUUAUCGAAUUUAGGGACAAAUGUUCCCAUUAACGAUUAAGUGCGUUUUUACGUUCAACGCGAAGAUUGAGAACCCGCGAUUUGGUAGUUUAUCCAUGAUCAUCUAUGAUCAGGGUCCGCGUAGUCACACUUCGAUGGCCCGGCGACUUCUCGGGCGACGCUUCGUACAGAUUACAAGUCUUUUGUAAAAAAAAAACGCUUACAGAGCUUUCAGUAUGCAAUACGUGUUGUGGGACAACAAAUUGUAUACGUCACAUUCGCACUGUUAAAUAUU